AGAAAUGCUUGCUAGCUCAUAUGCCAUUUUCUUCCUUCUUCUUCACUAAAAUUCAUAAAAGAUUUGAAUCCAUACAUCCUUUAACUUUAUAAAAAAUCCUACCUUUUUGUUCUAUAGAUUUUGGAAAAAAAAAAAAAAUCUUGAUCGUGUUUAGCUCAGAGCCAAUUUCUAGAGAAAUGGACAAGUUGAAUAGUUUCUUGUUUUCAGGCUUCAAGAAUGGUGAAGGAAUAGAACCUGAGUUCUUGAAGAACAAAGAAAUAAUGGGUUCUGAUUAUUUUCAGCAACAAUCACAGCUCCAGCUGAGUAAUAAUGGUGGUGGGCUAACUAGGUACAGGUCAGCACCAAGUUCCUUUUUUGCUGGAAUUCUUGACGGAGACGGCAAUAAUUCCGGCGAAAAUUUCAUUACACAUGAUGGGUCUUCUAGUUCUGAUUCUGAUUCCAUGUUCACUGCCUUGUUGAACGACAACAAUGAAAACAACAACAACAUUAGUAAUCAUAACCAGAAGAAUCAGGUGCAGUUUGGUUCUUCUAUGAAGCAGGAGAUUGGUGAGGAGAUUGAAUUUGGGAAUGGAAAUGGAAAUGGUGUACAUAAUAGAUAUGAGAAUGGUGGUGGAGUUUCAUAUGGUGUAGGGGUGCAAAUGCAAAAUAGAGGGAGUUUAAGUAAUGGGAAUGGUGGUUCUAAUCUCAUCAGACAAAGCAGUUCACCUGCUGGAUUCUUCAAUGGAUUUAUGAGAGAAGUUGGGAAUUUUGGAGCAAGUGCAGGGACUAACUGGGAAGCAAGUACAUCAAUUAAUCAUAUAAGUUACUCAUCUACUGCUCAAUCUUCUAGCUCAAACUUCAUGCCUAGCAUUGCGGAGAAUGAAUCUUGGAACGACUCUUUGUUCAAUUCUUUGAAGAGAAAUAGAGAUGGUGAUCUGAAAAUGUUUUCUAAUAAUUUCACUGUAAUGACUAAUCAGAAUGACGAAACAAGAGACUACUCUUCUGGUUUAACUCACCAUUUAAGCUUGCCUAAAACAUCUACUGAGAUGGCUGCCAUAGAAAAAUACUUGCAGUUUCAACAAGACUCAGUGCCUUGCAAAAUACGUGCCAAAAGAGGCUGCGCUACUCAUCCGCGAAGUAUCGCAGAGAGGAUGAGACGGACUCGGAUUAGUGAAAGGAUGAAAAAACUGCAAGAUCUUUUCCCCAAUAUGGAUAAACAAACAAACACAGCUGAUAUGUUAGAUUUGGCAGUUGAUUUCAUUAAAGGCCUUCAGAAACAAGUCCAGACACUGACCGAUAAAAAGGCUAAAUGCUCAUGUACAAGUAAGCAGCUGCAAUAUUCAAAUGGAACAACAUGAAUUUUUUUUUCUGUACAGAUAGUAGUAAUAGGUGAAGUUAGAUGGAAAGAGGGAGGAGAGUAAAUGCCACUCUUUCCCGCCCUAAUAUGCUGGAAUUAUGGUUACUUGUUUCAUCAGCAAUAAGGCAAGUGUAGUUUUCAAUGUACUAUUGAGUUUGAGUAGAACUAAUAGCAGCUAGUGGGCAAUUGUAUAGAUCACAUGCUUAUUGUAUUAUGCUGUUGUUUAUUGGAAUUUGACUAUGUUAUUACUUCAGAGA